AUAUGUAUUCUUAUCUUUUUUAACAAGGUUUUAUAUGUAUUAGAACAAGGAGUAGUUGGAAGAAGAAAGAAAAGAUGAGUGCAGGCGAUAAGGUUUCCAUGAAAGAAAAGCAAGAGAAGCAGCGGCGGCUCUCCGUUGAGCAGUCGGCAAUGGCGGGUGUGUCACCUGCUGUCUACUUUCCGUCGCCGGGUCAACCUCAGUUUCAGACGCCAUCCCCAUUCGAAUACUCUAUUGCCUCCACCACGUGGAGCUCCCGGCACUCCUUCCAAGUCCCAACUCUUGUCCUCCGCUCCCUCGCGCUACUCUUCUCUUUUGUAUCUGCGCUCUCUCUCGCUGCUCCGAGACACGGAACGCCUUUAAACAACCCACCCUUAAGGUACUGCUUCGUAGUGACCAUCGGAGCUUCUGUUUACUCAGCCUUCCAACUCUUUAAGGGUGUAUGUGACUUUGUCUACAGAGGCAUUCUCAUCUCAGAGGUGGUCUCUGACUACAUGAGCUUCAUUUUCGAUCAGUUGGUGUGUUACCUGCUCAUAUCUUCAGCGUCGGUGACUCUAUCUGCAACUCAACACAUAAAAAGUAGUACACCGCUAUGGAAGGCAUCAGUGGUUUCUUUCAGCAUGUCUUUCGCGGCCUUCCUUGUUUUCGCAGCUUGCGGCAUCUUGUCCGGCUACAAGCUCUCCAAGAGGAUCAGCUGGUGAACUUCUGAAAGCAGCCUGGCUAAAGCUUCUCAUCCCAAUUCCCACGAAUGUAAAGGUCACAAUUGCUUUUAUAUUAGUGUACGUUAAAAUUGUUGAUGACAGACAGUCGCUUUGUAGAUAAACCAAGCAUCCAUGGCACCUACCAAGUUAAUGGGUAGUUAUUGGGUCACUCUAGCCUGAUGUGCAGAUCAGAACUGUUUAAAUUGCAUCUUGUUAUUACAUAAUUACUGUGUGGACAGAGAAAUUGUUGUGGAA